AUGGGAAGAAAUGCUCCUAAAGAUAAACCACUGCAGGCAAUGUAUGAGACACCAUCUAUAUCUGAUCUGCGGGGUCUGCUAUGGUCAAACAGACAGCCUUUUGGACCAGUCAGUCUUAUCUGGCCCAGUCUGUUCAUCGGAGAUGAGUCAACUGCUCGUGAUAAAGCACUCCUCGCCGGGCUGGGAAUCACUCAUGUUGUAAACUGUGCCGAUGGAGCGCAUCGCAUCAACACAGGCGCUCAGUUCUACUCAGACAUGAGUAUCAGUUACUGUGGAGUCGAGGCUGCAGAUCACCCACAGUUUGAUUUGAGCCAGUAUUUCAGCUCCACUGCAUCCUUCAUUAAAGCCGCUCUCACUCCAAAUGGCAAGUCUGACUUCUUUGACCUUUUGCUGACUAAUUUUGUCAGCGAUUGUAAAGUGCUGGUCCACUGUGCAAUGGGAGUCAGUCGCUCUGGAGCUUUGGUCCUGGCCUUCCUCAUGAUGUGUGAAAACCUGACGCUUACAGACGCCAUUAUCGCUGUCAGACUGAACAGAGAUAUCUGUCCCAACUCAGGCUUUCUAAAGCAGCUCAGAGCUCUGGACAAACAUUUGAGGAGCUGA